CAUGCCAUCACACGCAAGUUGUGAACACAGAACCUUAUACUCUCGCAAGAUAUAAUGCCCAGUUCUGGAGGAUGAGUCACAUCUGGAAACAAGGCCAGAUUCUUGCAGAGAGGGUGGGAGAGGGGGGAGGUGGAGACGUGGAGGGAGAGAGAAGGAGAGGUGGAGAGAGAGAGGAGAGAGAACAGAAAAAGGCAGACUCAUUGUUUUAUGUUUUAUGGGGUUUUCACUUAACCGAAUGGGGUUAACAGUUAUUGAAAUGAGGCGAAUUGGCUGGCACAUUUCUCAGCGGCUACAUAUGCUAUAGGGGACCAGAGUGGAAAGGAAACUCCCCAAAGAAGGCGUUGAUGGUGCCGGUAGACAACAUGAAAUAUGCCUCUUCUGAGAAAAGUGAACCGCGGUCUCCUUACGCUUCUGGUGGUCAUGGUGUGUGUCCUGCUCCACAGCAAGCUGUGGGGGGCUCCACCACCGCACCCACAGAUAGAACAUAAGGACAACAGCAAAAAUGAUAUUCCUGUGGUGAUAUGUGCGUCCGAAAAUCGAAUGGGCGCAGCCAUGGCGACCAUCAACAGUGUCCAUAGCAACACAGAUGCCAGUCUGAUCUUCUUCAUCGUCACUCUUGAAGGAGCAAUCCAACUGACACGGCAGUACAUAGAGCGCAGCGCGUUAAAGGGGAUUAAGUACAAGAUCCUGGAGUUCAACCCCAAGGUUCUGAGCGGGAAGGUGAAGCCGGACUCAUCACGACCGGACCUCCUGCACCCUCUUAAUUUUGUGCGCUUUUAUCUACCCCUGCUGGACAUUAACUACAACAAACUGAUAUACCUGGACGAUGAUGUCAUUGUGCAAGGCGACAUCAAGGACCUGUUCAGCAUCCGACUGCAGCCAGGCCAUGCUGCUGCCUUCGCCAGUGACUGUGACCUGCCCCCGACCCACGAGAUGGUGCGCAGUGUGGGUAUGCAGACGACCUACAUGGGUUUCCUGGACUACAGAAAGAAGGAAGUGAGAGACCUAGGCAUCAACCCCAGAGAUUGCACCUUCAACCCUGGGGUCUUUGUGGCUGAUAUGCAGGAGUGGAAGAAACAGAAGAUCACCAAACAGCUGGAGAAAUGGAUGGAGGAGAACGUCAAGAAGAACCUCUACAGCAGCUCCAUCGCUGGGGGCGUGGCCACCCCACCCAUGCUGAUCGUCUUCCACAACAAGUACACCACCAUCGACCCGUCCUGGAACGUCCGGCAUCUAGGAUGGAGUCCUAGCUCAAGCUACCCCAGCUAUGUCCUCGACAAAGCCAACCUGCUGCACUGGAACGGCCUCUACAAACCGUGGAAAUACCCCAGUGUCCACCUCGACGUGUGGGAGAAGUGGUUUAUCCCCGACCCUACAGGAAACUUCUUCUUGCUGCGACCCGACAGCGACAGCUGAAGACUAAAGGCUGUUACCCAUUUUGGUUCAAAUGUGGGUGUUGGAAUGCUGUAAUCCCUAGUGAGCAAUGAAAGGGCUGACCGGUGGACAACAAAAAAACAGUCAGUCAGGAAACAUUGCACGAUGCAAACUUGAGGGAAUGUGACUGAUGAGUGUAUUAAGAAAUAAGUGCCUUGUUCAGAGUGUAAGCAAGACAGCAAUAUAUAUUAUAUACAUUUCCAAAGAACGUAGGAAAUCGUUGAUAACACUCGAUCGUUAUUGAGGAUUUCAGCAAGAUUCAUUGAAUCCUCAUAUCUGGAAAAUUGAUGACAGAAGCUGAAUCAAGAUAUCAAUUUCGAUUCAUGUGAAAAUUAAAUACUGUUGGUGGUUUCUAUUUGUUUGUUUGCAGAGAUAUUUGAACUAUUUCCAACAGCAAGGUCACUUUCCCUUAAUCACUCUGCGAUUGAUACAUGCUGAUGUCGUGGCAAAUAUGCGCAUAUGUUCUCAGGAAGGUAAUUCGAGUAGGAAAGAACCCACACAAGACCAAGAUGAUUCCUUACAAACACAUUUAAUGGCUCUCAUGAAAGGAAGCGCAACGCUCCAUAACUGCUCAGUUAAAUAUUAACAAAUUUACAGUCAUGUUGAAUGCAAAAAGAAACAACACAGAUGAACCCUACUAAAGAAGUGUCUUUAUAUAUUAAUCCCUGAACUAGCCCCCCCCCCCCCCCUGAUUCCUGAUCCUCCACACCCUGACCAGGUCAGUCCGGCUCCUCUCACAGCUCUAUCUUCGUACUCUGGGAACAGAAACAAACAGAAAGAGUUUUUACAUAUACCCCCAAAGGAAACGGUCACACCACUGGUGAAGGUUGUGCAGAUAUAACAAUGUACAGUUUGACCAUGUUGAAAAAAUAAAUACCUGAUCCACUUC